UCUGCUGCUGAAGCUGCUGCUGAAGCGCUGGCUCUUCUCUCUACUAGCGAGCAAACCUACAUUCUAGACUGUACAUCCAGCUCUUUCAGGGGGAUUUAUGAGCACAUACAGCCGUACAUCAAACACACAUCGCUCAUUGGGGACUGUGCCGGCCGUUAUAACGCUUUUGUCGGGGUUUAAUCAGAGCAGAACAGCGGAGUGGAGGAGGAGGUUCCAUAUUUGGAGCAGAGAAUCUCCCCCCUUGUGUGAUCUGGAGCUUCUGGUUCUGAGCCCAUGCUACAAAGUCCCGACUGAGUGUGUUGGUGGUGCAGAGUGCAUACGGACUUACUACUGUGGACUGGUGUGUGCGUGCUGACCUCAUGGUGUAACAAGAUUAAAGAUGAGCAUUAGCAGUGAUGAGGUCAACUUCCUGGUCUACAGAUACUUACAGGAGUCAGGGUUCUCCCACUCGGCGUUCACCUUCGGUAUUGAGAGCCACAUCAGCCAGUCCAACAUCAACGGAGCUCUGGUUCCCCCUGCUGCCCUGAUCUCCAUCAUCCAGAAGGGCCUGCAGUACGUGGAGGCUGAAGUCAGCAUUAAUGAGGAUGGCACGUUGUUUGACGGGCGUCCCAUCGAGUCCCUGUCCCUGAUCGACGCCGUGAUGCCGGACGUGGUGCAGACGCGGCAGCAGGCGUACCGGGACAAGAUGGCCCAGCAGCAGCAGGCGGCCGCCUCCUCCACGCCGGCGUCGGCCGCCGGGGGCAGCAUCGCCGGCAACGCCAAGAACGGAGAGAACACGGCCAACGGGGAGGAGAACGGAGCCCACGCCUUAGCCAACAACCACUCUGACCUGAUGGAGGUGGACGGGGACGUGGAGAUCCCCCAGAACAAGGCCAUGGUGCUGCGGGGACACGAGUCGGAGGUGUUUAUCUGUGCCUGGAACCCCGUGAGCGACCUGCUGGCCUCGGGGUCUGGAGACUCCACGGCUCGGAUCUGGAACCUGAGUGAGAACAGCAGCAGCAGCUCCACCCAGCUGGUGCUGAGACACUGCAUACGGGAGGGGGGGCAGGACGUCCCCAGCAACAAGGACGUCACCUCGCUGGACUGGAACAGUGAGGGAACGCUCCUAGCCACCGGCUCCUACGACGGCUUCGCCAGGAUAUGGACUAAAGACGGGAACCUGGCCAGCACUCUGGGCCAACACAAGGGGCCCAUCUUCGCCCUGAAGUGGAAUAAAAAAGGCAACUUCAUCCUGAGUGCGGGAGUAGACAAGACAACAAUCAUCUGGGACGCCCACACCGGAGAGGCCAAGCAGCAGUUCCCCUUCCACUCUGCUCCAGCGCUGGACGUGGACUGGCAGAGCAACAACACGUUUGCGUCCUGCAGCACAGACAUGUGUAUCCACGUGUGCAAGCUGGGCCAGGACAGACCCAUCAAGACAUUCCAGGGACACACGAAUGAAGUGAAUGCAAUCAAGUGGGACCCCACAGGGAACCUGCUAGCCUCCUGCUCAGACGACAUGACGUUGAAGAUCUGGAGUAUGAAGCAGGACUCCUGUGUCCACGACUUGCAGGCCCACAGCAAAGAAAUCUACACCAUCAAAUGGAGUCCUACUGGUCCUGGAACCAACAAUCCCAGCGCUAACCUCAUGCUGGCCAGCGCGUCCUUCGACUCCACGGUGCGGCUCUGGGACGUGGACCGGGGCAUCUGCAUCCACACGCUGACCAAGCACCAGGAGCCCGUCUACAGCGUGGCCUUCAGCCCCGACGGCCGGCACCUCGCCAGCGGCUCCUUCGACAAGUGUGUGCACAUCUGGAACACGCAGACCGGAGCGCUGGUCCACAGCUACAGGGGGACGGGGGGAAUCUUCGAGGUCUGCUGGAACGCAGCGGGAGACAAAGUGGGAGCCAGCGCGUCAGACGGAUCUGUGUGCGUAUUAGACCUCCGGAAAUAGCGCGGCAGCAGCUGAAGCCAUGGACCGACCAUGAAUGUGUACAUAGCCAAAUGACUGUCCAUGCCGGCCCGCCCCCGCUCCGGCCCCGCCACCGCCCACAGGAAGCAGGAAGUCCCGACACGGGAGGAACAGACGGACGGACAGGCCUGGGACGGACGCGCCCCUCCGUCUGCACAGACUCUCAGAGAGACGCAGGAGGGACGCAGCUGAGGGACAAAAGACAGGAAGAAGAAAAAAAACAGUUCCGUAUAUUUACCAAAAUCUGGGAGCUGUUGUGCUUUUUGUUCUCUAAACCAUUCUCAUCUUCAUCACAGUGUAACAGGAUGAAACAGUGUUGUUGCUGGAUCUGGUGGUGCCCACAUAUCAGCACUUAGGGGGGUUUUCUUCAGUUUCAGCCACGAUGUUUGACCUCUGGCGAGUGCAGGAAUACACACACAUCACACCCGGGAAGGACUCCAGCCGCUCUCUACGUCUCCCUGCAGAGCUGACUCUCAUGCUGCACACGGAGAUGCUUUUAAACUAAACCUUUGUACACUAUUUGAUCAGGAGUUUCUUACAGUUCUAUCUGGACUCUUCACAUUAUCACCCAGUUGAUAGAAAAGAUGAAAAAGAAAAAAAAAUGGAAAGAGACUGACUGCUCUGCCACUCCAUUCUGUUGUGUCCGAUGUGUCCUGAAAGGACCCGGGGAGGCAGAAACAGGGCCCUGGUUCUCUAACGCAGCAUCCCUGCCCUCCUGCAGCCUGCAGGAGCUCCAGCUGGAGUUCAGGUUCUGCCACCAGGGGGCGCCGUGCAGGCCGCUCCUUUCUGCUCCUUUCUGCUCCUUUCUGCUCCGCUCACACAAGCCCAGUAGUUUCUCCUGGACACAUGAUGGGCCCAAUGUGUGCUGAAGGGAUGCUGAAAGGAAAGAAGGAGCCAGCUGCUUUUAAAGGGGACAUAUCAUAGACAUAUAAACGUAUCUUCCCAUGGAGUUGCUGUGAUACGUCAACGACGCCGCCAUAUUGGAUGUUCAAGACUGCGCUGUAAACUAAUACAAGUAAA